AUGGCGCUAUUGUUUCAACUUACACCGCCAGUUUAUUACUCCUACUCCCCUUCCCUCCACCACCUCCAACUCAGUCGCCACCGCUGCAUUAUUCCGUCCUGUCUCAAAUCCUCUACUCCCGGGGCCAACCUCAACUCUACACCACAUACACUUGCCCGUCUGUACCCCCUCAAACCCUACCUCCAAGCCCAAUGGCAACCCGUCCUCUAUGGUUGGCUCUGCAGCGCCAUUUCAGUCUACUCUCUAUCCCAAAUCGUACCCAAGGCGGGCAGAUUAUCCGCUGUCUUGACCACUUUAGAUGCCGUGACGCUGCGAGACCAGGGUUUAAUUUUGGGUGUUCUCGUGCUUGUAAGAAUUAUCUCGAGUUACUUGCAGCAGGCGUUCCUGUGGGACGCCGCUCUCAACUGUGUGUAUAAUAUCAGGGUGUCUGUAUACCGUCGAGUUUUAGAGAGAGAUUUAGGGUUUUUUGAAGGUAAAAAUGGAGUUUCUGCCGGGGAUAUAGCUUAUCGGAUCACAGCUGAGUCCGCAGACGUAGCGGAUACUAUUUAUUCCUUCUUAAACACCAUUGUGCCCAGCACCUUGCAGUUAUUAACAAUGGGUACUCAGAUGCUGGUCAUUAGCCCUGUACUCUCCUUGAUUUCGGCUUUGGUGAUUCCAGUUAUGGCUCUUAUGGUUGGAUGCCUUGGUGAAAAUCUUCGUGAGAUAUCUAAUAGAGCGCAUCUUAGUGUUGCUUCUCUCUCGGCCUAUUUGAAUGAGGUUCUGCCUUCAAUUCUUUUUGUGAAGGCAAAUAAUGCAGAACUCUGCGAAAAUAUCAGGUUUCAGUUGCUUGCUUCCACUGACUGCUCUGCGUGUUUAGACAAGAAGAAAAUGAAGGCCUUAAUUCCACAUAUAAUACAGAUCUUUUAUUUUGGGCUGUUGUUCACAAUUUGUGCUGGCUCAGUGGUAGCUUCAAGAGGUUCAUUUGAUUGUUCUGCAAUUGUUUCUUUCAUAACAUCAUUGUACCUGUUGAUCGAGCCGAUUCAGGGUGUGGGUAAAGCAUACAAUGAAUUAAAGCAAGGAGAGCCAGCAGUAGAGCGCUUGUUUACUUUGACAAGGUUUAUACCUCAGGUGAUUGAGCAGCCAGAUUCAGUUGAAUUAGACCAAGUUCAUGGAGAAGUAAAAUUUUCUGGUGUCUCUUUUAGAUAUGAAGAUAGUACACAAUUUGUUUUGAAUGGUGUGGAUCUUCGGAUCAAAGCCGGAGAGAUUGUAGCUCUUGUUGGGCCAUCAGGAGGAGGAAAGACUACUGUUGCAAAACUUCUUCUUCGCUUGUAUGAUCCUGUUUGUGGUGUCAUACUUAUGGAUGGCCAUGAUAUUCGAAAUAUACGACUGGAAAAUCUAAGGAGGCAUGUUGGUCUCGUCUCUCAAGAUGUAACACUCUUUUCAGGGACUAUUGCUGAAAAUAUUGGGUAUAGGGAUCUAAUGGCUGACAUUGAUAUGGAGAGGGUUGAAUUUGCUGCUAGAAUUGCAAAUGCAGAUGAAUUCAUUGAAACACUUCCAGAUCGGUAUCAAACCAAUAUUGGACCUAGGGGCUCAAGUCUGAGUGGAGGCCAAAAGCAAAGACUGGCAAUUGCAAGGGUACUUUAUCAAAACCCUUCCAUUCUGAUUCUGGAUGAAGCUACUUCUGCUUUAGACAGCAGGUCUGAGUUGCAAGUGAGACGAGCUCUGGAACGGCUGAUGCAAAACCGUACCGUGCUGAUGUACGUCUACGAGUGUUUGCAGGUGCUAGUCAUUGCACAUCGUCUGGAAACAGUUCUUAUGGCCCAAAGAAUUUUACUCUUAGAUGAUGGUAAGCUUCAGGAGCUAAGUCGGUCAUCACUUAUAGAUGCUCAACAUACAUCACUGGCUUCAUUGGCUCUUGUAAUAUGAUGCUUUGAGAGGGAAUUCGGAACAUCCAUUUACCCAAAUAUUAUUGUUAAAUAAUCUUCAUGCAAUUGCAAAAUCAGCUUUGCACUUGUACAGACAUUCAUCCUCGGGCUUUGUACAGGGAAAAUGGUAGUUACGAUUUACGACCCUAAUGCAAGUGCCAGUCAUGUUCAUUUGUUGUA